AUGUUGCCCUCAUAUGCAUCAUCCGGGGCGUCCAAAGUGACGCCCCGGCAUCACUCCGGGGCCUAUGCCAAUGGCUACCCUCGCGGCAACACCUUUGACAUGUCUCCACAUAGAUUCCAACCUCGAGCUUCAACGCCUGCGACCCGUCGGAGAAGGAAACUAUUGGUACGACUCGGCAUAAUAGCUUCCGUUGCGAUCCUGUUUGGCUUGUUCGUGUGGCCUGGCAGCGGCACCUUCAUUUCCAUCUUCUCGUUGGGACUCAUCAGCAGUAGCGAAGAUAUUCUGCUCGAUACAGUGCGAUACUACGACUUGUCUAACGUGCAAGGAACCGCUCGCGGCUGGGAGAGAGAGGAGCGCAUUCUGCUCUGCGUACCACUCAGAGAUGCCGAAAGCCAUUUGAACAUGAUGUUCUCCCACUUGCGUAACUUCACCUACCCUCAUCAUCUCAUCGAUCUUGCCUUUCUCGUUUCGGACUCGAAAGACCGAACCCUGGAAGUGCUUGUCGAGAAGUUGGAGGAUCUGCAGGGUGAUGACGACGAGAAAAUGCCUUACGGCGAGAUUCAGAUCAUUGAAAAGGAUUUCGGACAAAAGGUUAACCAGGAUGUCGAGAGUCGCCACGGCUUUGCCGCGCAGGCCAGUAGAAGAAAGUUGAUGGCUCAGGCCCGUAACUGGCUUCUAAGCGCCGCCCUCCGUCCAUACCAUUCAUGGGUAUACUGGCGCGACGUCGAUGUCGAGACCGCACCUUUUACUAUUCUCGAGGAUCUCAUGCGCCACAACAAGGAUGUCAUUGUUCCAAAUGUUUGGCGUCCUUUACCUGACUGGCUGGGCGGAGAACAACCUUACGAUCUCAACUCGUGGCAGGAAUCAGAAACAGCACUUGCUCUGGCCGAUACCUUGGACGAAGAUGCUGUCAUCGUGGAAGGUUAUGCCGAGUAUGCUACAUGGCGACCUCACUUGGCUUACCUCAGAGACCCGUACGGCGACCCCGAUAUGGAAAUGGACAUUGAUGGUGUUGGUGGUGUGAGCAUUCUGGCCAAGGCUCGUGUGUUCCGAUCUGGUGUCCAUUUCCCUGCCUUCAGCUUUGAGAAGCAUGCCGAAACAGAAGGUUUCGGAAAGAUGGCCAAGCGAAUGCAAUACUCAGUUGUUGGACUGCCGCAUUAUACCAUUUGGCACUUGUACGAACCCAGCGUGGACGAUAUCAAGCACAUGGAGGAGAUGGAAGAGGAGAAACGACAAAAGGAGAAAGAAGAGAAGGAAAAGGAAGAACGUGAGAGGAAAGCCAAAGAGAGCUUCAGCGAUAGUACCGACCAAUGGGAAAAAGACAAGGCCCAGAUGGCUCUCGAUGAAGAAGCAAAUGAGAAAGUAGUGGGCUCUCAGGACUCGGCGAAAUCAUCCGAAAACGAUGGCGGCAAAGACACCACCAAUGGAAAAGAGGGCAAGACAAAGCCAAAGGGAGCAGAGUCAUGA